AUGGACGACACCGUGCGGAUCAACAGGGUGCUGGGCCCCGAGGCCAGCCUGCCCUUCCUGAGCUUGUCGGGGGGGACCAGCGGCGUGCAGGUGCUCAGCCCACUGCUGGAGCAGAUCGCGGUGGGGCCCACGGACGGCACUGUGGGAGUCGUGGUGCGCAACGCCGCGCCCACGGGAGAUGCCAAGCUGCUCCUCGACGCCAACAACCAGGCGGGCGUGGCGGAGCUCAAGGUGCUGGCCGGCGGCAAUUGCGAGCUCAACGCGCAGUUCCAAUUCAUAAGUUUAAACACCACCAACGGCCUGGCCAACCUGGCGAUCGAGCCCAACAUCGGGGGCAGCAACGAUGGAGAGGUCAUUUUUGGUUAUGGCUUCGUCAACCUGAGCGACCGGGCGCUCAAGGAGAACCUGUGGUCACCCGAGUGGAAGCAUCGCGGCCGCCAGCGGGCUAUCGGCUCGGGGUCGUAUGAGCAGUAUUGCACUCUGGGACUCUUCGCCUAUGGAGGCAACGAUCCCAUGCUCUCAAAAGCUUCCGUCAACCGAGACGCCUGCGUGGCACUCAAUCACUUUCUGCGAUAUCGCUUUCCCGAUGCGACUUGGACUUCCAUCGCGGUGGUGCUGAACCCUCGCAUUGGUCUGCAUCGAGACAUUCUGAACAUGAUUGGCAAGCCGAACCACGCAAUCGCUCUCGGGUCCUUCACGGGAGGCAGGAUCUGGGUCGAAGACGAUGAUGGCGCGGCUCCGGAACUGCGAGUUACGAAGCGCAACACUCAGCAGCUUUGGGGCUCAUGGAUAGACAUGCACGACAAGCCCGUCUCUUUCAACGCUCGCCGCUAUCACAAAGUGGAGCCCCAUGAGGGCCGUAUGUGGGCCAUCGCCGCUUACACACCCCAAGCGUUCGCGCGCUGCUCUCGGGAAAACUGCGAUGCAGCCACAUGUCUGGGCUUCCCGACGGGAAAGAGUGAAGGCACCAAGUGA